ACUCCAUUUUGACAGAUGAACAGAAGACGUCUGGUUCAGGACUGACUGAAGUUCACAGGAUGAGUCUGAGUGUGGAUGAAGAGGAGGACGGAGCAGAGUUUUCCCAUGAUACAAACAGGGGUUUGUCCAUAAAGGAACCUCCAGGGGGCAGUAAUGAACCAGGACCCUCUGAUCCACAAGGUCAGUAUAACAGACCCAGAGCAGAGUCUCCAGUGUCCACAUGUCUGUCCAUGAACAGUGACUGGUCCAUGAUGACUCCUCCAGCGUUUAGUCCUGAACCUGGACCUUCAGACACAGAAGGUCAGUAUAACAGACCCAGAGCAGAGUCUCCAGUGUCCACAUGUCUGUCCAUGAAGAGUGACUGGUCCAUGAUGCGUCCUCCAGAGUUUAGUCGUGAACCUGGACCUUCAGACACAGAAGAGACGGAGAGGACUCAUGUUCCUGAGGUGGACCCAGCGUCCUGUUCUUUGUGUCAGAAGGUCCAGAGUGAUCCGGUCCGGACCAGCUGCGGACACUGGUUGUGCAGACAGUGCAUCACUUCAUACUGGGACCAGUCUGGUUCUUCAGGAGACUCCUCCUGUCCCCAGUGUGAAGAAACAUCCAGAACAAGAGCUGAGCUGCAGAUCCACAGCUCUGUCCAAAUUGAACAUAAACUCAGUCUGAGGAGCAGAUGUGAAUGUGUGACUGAAGGAACUGAGGAAACAGGAAGUAGAACCCGUCUAAACCGGAUCUACACUGAGCUCUACAUCACAGAGGGACAGAGUGAAGACGUUCAUACCCAACAUGAGGUGAGGACGCUGGAGACAGUUUCCAAGAAGAUCAUCAAAGAAAGUCCAAUCAGGUGUCAGGACAUCUUCAAAGCCUUACCCGAGCAGCAGAAACCCAUCAGAGUGGUUCUGACCAACGGCGUGGCUGGAGUUGGAAAAACCUUCUCGGUGCUAAAGUUCACUCUGGACUGGGCCGAGGGUUUAGAAAACCAGGACGUCAGUCUGGUGGUUCCGCUGUCCUUCAGAGAGCUGAACCUGGUCUCAGAUGAGCAGUACAGUCUGCUGACGCUGCUCCAUGUUUUCCAUCCAACAUUACAGAAGGUCACAGCAGAGCAGAUCAGCGUCUGCAAACUGCUGUUCAUCUGCGACGGCCUGGAUGAAAGCAGACUGUCACUGGAUUUCCACCACUGUCAGGUUGUUUCAGACGUCACUCAGAAGUCAUCAGUCAACGUCCUGUUGACCAACCUCAUCAAGGGGAACCUGCUUCCAUCAGCUCUCAUCUGGAUAACAUCUAGACCUGCAGCAGCCAAUCAGAUCCCUCCUUCAUGUGUGGACAGGGUAACAGAGGUCCGAGGCUUCACCACUGAUGACCAGAAGGAGGAGUACUUCAAGAAGAGAUCCACUGAUGAAGAUCUGUCCAACAAAAUGAUCUCACACAUCAAGACAUCCAGGAGCCUCCACAUCAUGUGUCAAAUCCCAGUCUUCUGCUGGAUCAGUUCUACAGUUCUGGAGCACAUGUUGACUUCAGAGCAGAGAGAAGAGCUGCCCAAGACCCUGACAGACCUGUACUCACACUUCAUCAUGGUCCAGACAAAGAGGAAGAACAACAAGUACAAAAAAGGACAUGAAACAAGUCUAGAAGAGCUGACAAAGGCAGACAUGGAAGUCCUUCUGAAGUUGGGGAGGCUGGCGUUUGAACAACUGGAGAAAAGAAACAUGAUGUUCUACCAAGAAGACCUGGAUCAGUGUGGUCUGGACGUCACAGAGGCCUUGGUGUACUCAGGAGUUUGUACAGAGAUCUUCAAAACAGAGACUGGGAUCUUCCAGAAAACAAUCUACAGCUUUGUUCACCUGAGUGUUCAGGAGUUUCUGGCUGCAGUCUACAUCUACCACUGUUACACCAGCAACAACACAGAGGUUCUGAAGAGGUUUCUGGGAGACUCAGCUUUCACAAACAUGUACUGGUAUUUCACAGUCAGUUUCAGCCUGGAUGUUUUCCUCAGUAAAGUCAUGAUAAAAUCCCUUCAGAGUGAGAACGGACACCUGGAUCUGUUUGUUCGUUUCCUUCAUGGCCUCUGUCUGGAGUCCAGCCACAGACUUUUAGGAGGUCUGCUGGGUCCAAAGGAGAACAGACCAGAGAGCAUCCAUAAAGUCAUCAAGAACCUGAAGCAGAUGAACACUCAGGACAUAUGUCCUGACAGAAGCAUCAACAUCUUCCACUGUCUGAUGGAGAUGAAGGACCAAACAGUCCAUCAGGAGAUCCAAGAGUUCCUGAAGUCAAAGAACAGAUCACAGAAGGAACUGUCUGAGAUCCAGUGUUCAGCUCUGGCCUACAUGUUGCAGAUGUCAGAGGAGGUUCUGGAUGAACUGAACCUGCAGAAGUACAACACAUCAUUUGAAGGAAGACACAGACUGAUCCCAGCUGUGAGGAACUGCAGAGAGGCCAUACUUUCUGACUGUAGACUCUCACAGACUGACUGUGAAGUUGUGGCCUCAGCUCUGAAGUCUAAUCCUUCACAUCUGAGACUUUUGGAUCUGAGUCUCAACUACCUACAGGAUUCAGGAGUGAAACUGGCGUCUGGACUGGAGAGUCCAAACUGCAGACUGGAAACUCUGAGGUUGAAAUACUGCAGUUUAUCACAGAUCAGCUGGUCGUCUGUGGCCUCAGCUCUGAAGUCCAAACCUUCACAUCUGAUAAAACUGGAUCUGAGUGAAAACAACCUCCAGGAUUCAUCAGUGAAGGAGCUGUGUGAUUUCCUGCAGAGUCCACAUUGUAAACUACAGGAUCUGUGGUUGAAUAGAUGCAGUUUAUCACAGAUCAGCUGUUCUUCUGUGGCCUCAGCUCUGAAGUCCAAUCCUUCACAUCUGAUAAAACUGGAUGUGAGUGAAAACAACCUCCAGGAUUCAUCAGUGAAGGAGCUGUGUGACUUCCUGCAGAGUCCACAUUGUAAACUACAGGAUCUGAGGUUGAAUAGAUGCAGUUUAUCACAGAUCAGCUGUUCUUCUGUGGCCUCAGCUCUGAAGUCCAAUCCUUCACAUCUGAUAAAACUGGAUCUGAGUGGAAACAACCUCCAGGAUUCAUCAGUGAAGGAGCUGUGUGAUUUCCUGCAGAGUCCACAUUGUAAACUACAGGAUCUGAGGUUGGAUAACUGCAGUUUAUCACAGAUCAGCUGUUCUUCUGUGGCCUCAGCUCUGAAGUCCAAUCCUUCACAUCUGGUAAAACUGAAUCUGGGUGGAAACAACCUCCAGGAUUCAUCAGUGAAGGAGCUGUGUGAUUUCCUGCAGAGUCCACAUUGUAAACUACAGGAUCUGGGGUUGAAUAGAUGCAGUUUAUCACAGAUCAGCUGUUCUUCUGUGGCCUCAGCUCUGAAGUCCAAUCCUUCACAUCUGAUAAAACUGGAUCUGAGUGGAAACAACCUCCAGGAUUCAUCAGUGAAGGAGCUGUGUGAUUUCCUGCAGAGUCCACAUUGUAAACUACAGGAUCUGUGGUUGUAUAAAUGCAGUUUGUCCAAAAUCAGCUGUUCUUAUCUGGCAGCAGCUCUGAAGUCCAAUCCCUCACAUCUGAUACAACUAGACAUACGUGAGAACAACCUGAAGGAUUCAGAUGUUAAAGAACUGGAGGACCUUGUUCAGAGUCCACACUGUAAACUGGAGAAACUAUGGAAGUGGUGAUCUGUGGAACAGUCACUGUGAUCUGGACUGUGUGAGGAUCAGCUGAGUCCAGAUGAUCGACAGAUGUGAAAGCAGCAGCACAUCCUCACUUCUUCUCCUCCACUCCUCACUUCUUCUCCUCAGUUCUUCUCCUCCACUCCUCACUUCUUCUCCUCCACUCCUCACUUCUUCUCCUCCACUCCUCACCCCUCCCUCUGAUGAUGUCACAGAAGGUGAGGCAGACUUCCUGUAGCUCCGCCUCCUAGGUCGAUCAUAUGACUUUAAAGGCAGUGAAACAUCCUUCCAGAUGAUUCUCUGAGAUGGAUUCAUGAGGAACCACGAAGCACCGAGGAGUGGAGGAGCUGAAAAAGAAGGAACUGACCAGAGGUUUUUCAUUGGAUGUGCAGUCAGUGAACCAGUGUGUUCUGUGGAUGGCACUGAGUUAUUUUGUGCUGCCACCCUGUGGACUAAUGAAGAACUACACUUCAUACCUGAAAACUGGACCUUAUUUUUUAUUUUUAUUUAACCAGGAAGAAAAUCACAUUGAGAUUAAGAACCUCUUUUCCAAGGGAGUCCUGGCCAAGAGGCAGCACAACACAUAGUUACAACAUACAGUU